GUAACGGGUUCAAGGAAGUUAGAGUGCAAUUAUUUCUUUCUGACUGGUGUGCUGUCUUUGUGUUGGAUUUCUGGCAUACUUCGUAACAUUGGUCACUUUGGUUUUUCUGAUUUCGGUGUUCAGCGAUUGUAUCUUAGACUCCAAGCAUGAAGGAUAAGUUCUGGACAUUGCUCUUUUUGUGGAGCCUCGUGGGCUUUAUAGGUUCCACAGAGGCGAGGGUGUCGGGAGAACAACCGCUCUCAAAAAUUGCCAUUCAUAAGGCUAUGCUUGCUCUAGAUGAGUCUGCUCAUAUUGAAGCAUCCCCUCUUGUUCUUGGCUUGAAGGGAGAAAAUAUGGAAUGGGUAACGUUGAAGUUUAGUUAUCCUAACGCAUCAGGUGAUGAUUGGAUAGGAGUUUUUUCUCCUUCGAAUUUCAGUGCUGCAAUUUGUGAACCUGAAAACAAGAGAGAUCAGGCUCCGUUAUUGUGUACUGCACCUAUUAAGUAUCGAUAUGCAAACUACUCAAAUCCAAGCUACACAAAUACAGGGAAAGGGGUUUUGAAACUUCUACUGAUCAACCAUAGGGCUGACUUUUCUUUUGCAUUAUUCUCAGGAGGUAUGUCAAAACCGAAGCUGAUUGUAGUCUCAAAUACAAUUACUUUUGCAAAUCCAAAAGCUCCUGUUUAUCCACGCCUAGCUCAAGGGAAGUCCUGGAAUGAAAUGACAAUUACAUGUACUAGUGGCUAUGAUAUUCAUGAAGCUGAACCUUUUGUUUCGUGGGGUCCAAAAGGAGGACCAAAGACUCAAUCCCCUGCUGGAACUUUGACUUUCAAUCGUAACAGCAUAUGUUCCCCUACACGGACAGUGGGAUGGUGUGAUCCUGGUUAUAUUCAUACAAGCUUUCUGAAAGAUCUAUGGCCUAACUCAAUACACACCUACAGUCUGGGUCACAGAUUAUUUAACAACUCAUACAUUUGGAGCCAAGCUUACCAUUUUAGAGCAUCUCCUUAUCCUGGACAGGAAUCUGUGCAGCGUGUUAUAAUUUUUGGGGACAUGGGAAAGGCAGAACGUGAUGGUUCCAAUGAAUACAGCAAUUACCAGCCCUGUUCUUUGAACACUACUGAUCAGCUUAUCAAGGACUUGAGAAAGAUUGAUAUAGUCUUCCAUAUCGGUGAUCUAUCUUAUGCUGGGUACUUGUCACAAUGGGAUCAGUUCACCUCCCAGAUAGAGCCAAUUGCUUCAACUGUACCGUACAUGGUUGCAAGUGGAAACCAUGAACGCGAUUGGCCAGGUACUGGGUCCUUUUACGCCAACAUGGACUCAGGUGGGGAGUGUGGUGUGUUGGCUGAAACCAUGUUUUAUGCGCCUGCAGAGAACAAAGAAAUAUUCUGGUAUUCAACCGAGUAUGGCAUGUUUCAUUUCUGUGUAGCUGAUACGGAACAUGACUGGAGACCAGGCACUGAGCAAUACAAAUUUAUUGAGCACUGUUUAGCAACAGCUGAUAGGCAAAAACAGCCAUGGCUCAUCUUUGUGGCUCAUCGAGUUCUGGGAUAUUCCUCUAACUCAUGGUAUGCUCAAGAAGGAUCUUUUGAGGAGCCUAUGGGGAGAGAGAGCCUACAGGGGCUGUGGCAAAAGUACAAGGUUGACCUUGCUUUCUAUGGUCAUGUACACAAUUAUGAAAGGACAUGUCCUACCUACGAGAGCAUAUGCAUGAGCUCCGAAAAAUCCCACUAUACAUUUGGUAAACUUGAAUUUGUAACCACCUGGUCAAGUUUACCAAAUUACAUCAAUAUUACAAAAAUAAAUAAUGAAUAGUGUAUGACGA